UCGCCCUCGUCCCUCCACCGUGCGCAGAUUGCAUUCCCUCCUCCACCGUGCCGCCCCCAACGACGCACCGUCGUCGCCGCACCGACGCCGCCUUCGCUCCCGCCCCAUGCCCCCGCGAACGACGCCGCCGCAACUGACGUCGUCCUCCUCAUGCACCGCCUCUCCAUCCGGCCUCACCCAAAACCCUCUCCCACCACCGCCGCAACCCCAUCCCUUCCCCCACGGCCUCAAACAGGGGUGGAGCUCCCAUCGACCCCGGCCGAAACCACCCCCUCCUCGCGUCGGUGUCCCAACGAGCCAUUCCAGUCUCUCUAUCUCCAAUGGUGCGGCGGCAGCAGCGAAAGGCCGGAGAAGGCGAGAUGAUUGCGCCUCUAUGGCAUCUGUCGGGCUGCCGGGCCGGCUGAGGACUGGUGGGUUGCGGUGCGGCAGCAUAGCGGCGUAGCGGCGGGCAGGAGGCGCAGGCCGGCAGGUGGUCGAGGUGCGGUCGCGCGGCACGGGCACAGGCAGCCGCGCAGGACGGCAGAAGCCACUGACGCUAAGGGUCGGGCCGGUCGGCUCGUUGUCGUCCUGACCUGUACAUUUGUGUGGUAUGCAUGUAUGCAAGUGCAGCACUGCAGUUGAAACCAUUUGCCUUGCCUUUCUCGCACUACUACUAACUGUUCGAUUUCCUCUCUGAACUUUGAAGACUACAUGAUGAGAUACUACAGUCAGGUAUUUCCAUAAUCUUGAUCAUCAAUCCCAGUCAGUAUUCCCAGUUGCUUGGACCUCAAUUCCAAUCAGACUGAUGCAGAGAUAGAGACUACAUGCCUUCAGUUUAAAGUUUCAGAAAAAAUGGGUCGAUCUAGAUAGAAAGUGCAGUUAACCAGCUGAUUGAUGUAGCACGCACAAGAUCAUCAUCAUUUCUGAAGGUCGGCACCAUGAAACUUCAUUUUUCUUAAGUUUUGUACGCUUUUAGGAGAUUAAGAAUAUUCAGUAUGCUGGAGGAAAGAAGCAAACCGUGGAGGUGCUGGCCUUGGCUGAUCUCUCGCGGAUUUUCUGGAAGUCGAGGAUUAGAUCAUCCCCAGGCCUUCUGUUCUUCGCUCCUCGCGAUGAGUAGCGCGGUGAAGGACCAGCUCCAGCAGAUGUCGACGACAUGUGAUUCGCUCCUACUCGAGCUCAAUGUGAUAUGGGAUGAGGUCGGCGAACCCGACACGGCGAGGGACAGGAUGCUGCUGGAGCUCGAGCAGGAGUGCCUGGAGGUCUACAGGAGGAAGGUCGACCAGGCAAACCGGAGCCGGGCCCAGCUGCGCCAGGCCAUAGCUGAGGCCGAGGCAGAGCUCGCCGGCAUCUGUUCAUCCAUGGGCGAGCCGCCUGUGCACGUUAGACAGUCAAAUCAGAAGCUUCAUGGCUUAAGGGAGGAGUUGAAUGCAAUUGUUCCAUAUUUGGAGGAAAUGAGAAAGAAAAAGGUGGAACGCUGGAACCAGUUUGUUGAUAUCAUAGAGCAGAUUAAGAAGAUUUCGUCUGAAAUAAGGCCAGCCGAUUUUGUUCCCUUUAAAGUUCCUGUUGAUCAGUCUGAUAUGUCAUUAAGAAAGAUUGACGAGCUGACGAAGGAUCUGGAAUCCCUUCAGAAGGAGAAGAGCGAUCGGCUAAAGCAAGUGAUAGAGCAUUUGAAUACCUUGCAUUCCUUAUGUGAGGUGCUUGGCAUAGACUUCAAGCAAACUGUAUACGAGGUGCACCCUAGCUUGGACGAAGCUGAAGGAUCAAAGAACCUCAGCAACACUACAAUUGAGAUGCUUGCUGCUGCUGUAAACAGAUUGCGUGAAAUCAAGAUCCAAAGGAUGCAAAAGCUUCAAGAUUUUGCUUCUAGCAUGCUUGAACUAUGGAAUCUCAUGGAUACUCCACUUGAAGAGCAGCAGAUGUUCCAGAAUAUAACAUGCAACAUUGCUGCUUCCGAACAAGAGAUAACUGAACCCAACACCCUCUCCACUGAUUUCCUGAAUUACGUGGAAUCUGAGGUGUUAAGGCUUGAACAGCUGAAAGCAAGUAAGAUGAAAGAUCUUGUUUUAAAAAAGAAAGCAGAACUAGAAGAACAUAGAAGACGCGCUCAUCUAAUUGGUGAGGAGGGUUAUGCAGCUGAGUUUAGCAUUGAAGCUAUUGAAGCAGGAGCUAUUGAUCCCUCACUAGUACUGGAACAAAUUGAAGCUCAUAUUUCAACAGUGAAGGAGGAAGCCUUUAGCCGGAAGGAUAUUCUUGAGAAAGUUGAAAGAUGGCGAAAUGCUUGUGAAGAGGAAGCAUGGCUGGAAGAUUACAACAAAGAUGAUAAUCGUUACAAUGCUGGGAGGGGAGCACAUCUAACACUGAAGAGGGCUGAAAAAGCUCGUAUUUUAGUCAACAAGAUUCCCGGAAUGGUAGACGUUUUGAGAACAAAAAUUGUAGCUUGGGAACAUGAAAGGCAAAAGGAAUUCACAUACGAUGGUGUUAGUCUUUUGACAAUGCUUGAAGAAUACUUAAUUGUUCGUCAGGAGAAAGAGCAAGAGAAGAAGAGACAAAGGGAUCAGAAGAAGAUCCAGGAUCAGCUCAAAGCUGAGCAGGAAGCUCUGUACGGAUCAAAACCAAGUCCAUCCAAGCCUCAAAGCACAAAGAAGGCACCUAGACACUCUAUGGGUGGUGCAAACCGAAGGCUGUCUCUUGGUGGAGCCACGUUGCAACCCCCAAAGACUGAUAUUCUGCAUUCAAAGUCUGUUCGUGCUGUUAAGAAAACUGAAGAAAUUGGCACGUUGUCCCCUGGUAGUAGAGGCUUGGACAUUGCCGGAUUGCCUAUCAAGAAGUUAUCUUUCAAUGCCAGUACUCUACGUGAGAUGGAGACACCUCGUAAACCAUUUGCUCAGAUCACGCCAGGAUGCAAUGUCUCGUCGACGCCUGUGCGACCUAUCACCAAUAGCACCGAGGAAGACGAGAACAGGACCCCGAAGACAUUCACAGCACUGAACCCUAAGACUCCGAUGACUGUCACGGCUCCAAUGCAGAUGGCAAUGACUCCCGGUCUGGCCAACAAGGUUUCAGCAACUCCUGUUUCCCUUGUCUACGAUAAACCAGAGGUAACGUUGCCGGACGACAUCGAGUACUCCUUUGAAGAAAGGCGGCUCGCCAUCUAUCUGGCCAAGGGAAUGGUGGCUUAACUGCUGUGGGAUUUCGUGAGAUGAAUUUAUGUACGUAGUUGAAACCUGACUGCAUUUUCUUGUCGGAGGACGGAGGCCAUUGCCUAUGUUGGUCGACGAUAGUCGGCCCUUCCAGUAGCACUGUUCUAAUUUACUGCAAUUGUUUUAAUGUUUUCUGCAACCAGAAAAACAGCUCUAUACAUUAGCUUCUGCUCAGUACAGCUUUCUCGGCAGCACGAAA